AUGCCGCCCGCAAUGGCGGCCCCCUCGGUCUCCCUCUGGGAGCUGGCCGACCUCGCCAUCGGCACCCCGGAGGUGGGCGCCGUCAACUUCACGGCCCUGCACACGCUCAUCGUGGCCAUGCUCAAGAAUCUCAACCUGCAGGAUACUCGGAUCGACUUCCCGUCCCCGAUGCUCGAGCAGAGUCGCUUGUUCGAGUCCCCGCGGGUCUCAAGCAGUAGGGCGCAGCCGCAGGCGCUGGAGAGCCAGGUGAAGGACCUGGGCGGGCAGGUCCAGGACCUCAGCCUGCAGCUCAAGACCAUGGGGAGCCAGGUGCAGGCCAUCGUGGCGCACGUGCAGCACUUCCCCUCCCAGGCCGGAGGGCUGGACGCCCGGGACUGGCUGGAAGUGAAGGAUCUGCCCUUGCUUAUGCAGGGGAAGGCGCAAGUAGGGUCGACGAAAGUCCGGAAGGACGGCGAGCCGGUCCCCCAGAGCGUGGAGCUGCUCCAGGACAUCAUGGAAGACGUGAAAAUACUGAAGGAAGCCCAGCAAAAGGCGAAGGAGCAACCCGAGUUGCACCCGGAGAACCUCCUCCAACGGAUUGACGAACUGGAGAAGCUAAUUAGAGAAAGGGACGAAUUCCUGGAAACAAUGAGCUGGAAGCUCAGUGUGAUGCCUGGUGCAGAAGAAGCCACCAUGGUCACCUGGGAAGAGCUGGAGCAGGCGAUUACUGACGGCUGGAAGGCCUCACAAAUGGUCUCAGAGUCAUCAACAGGGCUUCCUAGGCGCAAAGGGCAGGGUUCCAUAACAUCAAAUGAUAAAAUUCCAAGUGGAGCCUCCACCAAGCAUCCAAGUAUUGACGAGGCUAUAGAGUCUGCCAGUGGUUUUAGCACAGAUAAGACCUUCUCGGGAACCAGUGGCAUAGGAUACUCCUCUGAAGGGGUUACUGGCAGGGAACGAAGCAAAGGUGCGUCUGCUACUGGGUUUCCUGGUAGAGAACAGCACUCAAGGGCCCGUGAAGAAGCUGGCCUAACCAAACCCCGUCCCCAGUUGAGAGCAGAGUCAGAUCGUCGCCGGGCUAGAGAGCGGCACGGCUUAGCACAUCUACGCAGAGAUGAACGAGAUACACACCUUGGCCCAGUUUAUCAGGAUGUAUCCUCCGCCACCUUGCCUAGAGAUCGGCAUGGUCAUGUGUCCCCAGAUCAGCAUGGGGGAGUGCACAUUAGCCAGGGUCAAAUCUAUGCACGGCCAGAUCAACAUGGAUUAGGACCACUUGGCAUGGAUCAGCCUGCAUUGCUACAACCUAGCACUUAUGUACGUGGUGUGGUACCCCUCACUGUGGGUCAGCUUGGAGUGAUGCCACCUGGAAUGGAUGAGCAGGAAUUGGUACUAGCUGGCAUGGCUCAGAGUGAUGCAGUGCCACCAUUGGUAUCUGGCAGAGAUCAGCAAGGAUUGGAACUACCUAGUACAGACCAGCCUGGUAUGGUUCCACUUAGCGCAUAUCCGCAUGGUGUGAUACUUCCUGGCAUAGACCAACAUGGUAUAAAACAGGCUGGCAUGCACGAGAGUGGUAUGGGACCACUUGGCACUGAUCAGCAUGGAUUGGUACCUCUUGGUGUAGAUCAGCACGGAUUUGUAAUAUUUCACACGGAUCAGCAGGGCUUGCUGUCACCUGGUUUGAUGCAAGUUGCUGCAGAUCAGCAAGGUUUUGUACAGCCCGGUUUGGGAAUAUCUGGCUUCAUACAACCUGGCACAGAGCAGCAUGAUAUGAUCCAGCCCAGUGCAGGUCAGCCUGCUUUGGUCCAACCCAGUAUAGGUCAGCCUGGUUUGGUGCAGCCUGGUACAGGUCAGCCUGGUUUGGUGCAGCCUGGUGCAGGUCAGCCUGGUUUGGUGCAGCCUGGUGCUGGUCAGCCUGGUUUAGUGCAGCCUGAUGCUGCAGGUCAGCCUGGUUUGGUGCAACCUGGUGCUGCAGGUCAGCCUGGUUUGGUGCAGCCUGGUUUGGUGCAGCCUGGUUUGGUGCAGCCUGGCGCUGCAGGUCAGCCUGGUUUGGUGCAGCCUGGUGCUGGUCAGCCUGCCUCGGUCCAACCCGGUGCAGGUCACCCUGGUUUGGUCCAGCCUGGAAUGUAUCAGCGAGGUUUUGUGCAACCUGGGAUGUAUCAGCGAGGUUUCGUGCAGCCCAGUGCAGGUCAGCCUGGCUUGGUGCAGCCUGGUGCAGGUCCACAUGGCUUUUUUCAACCUGGUGUAUCUAUGCCUGGCUUGGUUCCACCUGGUACAUAUCCACUUGGUCUGGUACAGCCUGGUGCCUAUCCACGUGGUUUCAUGCAGCCUCGUGCCGAUCAGCGUGGUUUGGUUCAACCUGUAAUAGAUCAGCAUUGGUUGAGGCAGUCUGGUACAGAUCGAGGCUUGAUACCACCAGGCACAGAGCUUCAUGGCUUUCCAACAUACCAUGCAGAUCCUCGAAGUUUUAUAUCACCACGCCCAUACCAGCAUGGUGUGGCACCUCCUGGCAGAGAUCAAUAUGGUCGGGUGUCACCACUCGUAGCCAGUCAAGGUUUGGCAUCACCAGGUAUAGACCGAGAAGGUUUGGUACCACGAGAGACUUAUCAACAAGGUUUGAUGCGUCCUGGCCCAGACCAGCAUGGCCCAAAACCAUUACGCACGAGUGUGAGAUCUGCACGCCAGGAUCAACAGCAUUUGGAAACACCUGAACCAGAGCAGCAUGACCGGGCACAUUCUGUCCCAGACUCCCAUGGCCCAGGGUACCAAGAUGUAGAUCAGUAUGUCGAGGUAGGUUUGGAUCCAAAUGAAAUACGUGACUCAAUCCGACCUGGAGUUUCUGUUCAGACUUCACCAAGCCAAGACGCCCCCUUUCUCAGGAGCACACACUCCCUUGACUAUUUAUACCGAGGCUCAUCAGAAAGGAGUGAUGUUCAGGGUGAGAAACGUGAUUCACUGGAUAAAUUGGCUCCUAGCUUCCCCAUGGCAGUGGAAACAUUUCGUCUGAUGGGAGAGCUUAUCGGCCUCUAUGUGGAGCUUAAGGAGAACAUAAAGGAUCUGGAUGAUGAACAAGCUGGCCAAACAGACUUGGAGAAGAUCCAGUACCUGCUGGCACUGAUGGUCAAGAAGUCCAUACCCACUGACCUGCAGGAACAGCUGAAGACCUUAAAGGCCUUGACCAAAGAAGUUCAGCAGGAAAAAGCAAAACUGGAGAAGAUGAACAGGAUCCUGGAGGGGGAGGGGGAGCAAGAAACAGGAAAGGAGGUGAAAGCUGGCCAGCUGAGCCUGCAGCUGGGUAUCCUCAGAGUCACUGUGGCUGACAUCGAGAAGGAGCUGGCGGAGCUGAGGGAGAGUCAAGAACGGGGCAAGGUCAGCAUGGAACAUUCGGUCUCCGAAGCCUCCCUUUACCUGCAGGAUCAGUUAGACAAGCUCAGGACGAUCAUCGAGAACAUGCUGGCCUCGUCCUCCACGCUGCUGUCCAUGAGCAUGAGCGCGGCCCCGCACAAGCUCCUGACCACCCUGGCACCCGGCCAGAUCGACCCUGCGGCCACCUGCCCAGCCUGCAGCCUGGACCUGAGUCACCAGGUCAGCACGCUGGUGCAGCGCUACGAGCAGCUCCAGGACAUGGUCAGCAACCUGGCUGCCUCCCGGCCCUCCAAGAAGGCCAAGCUGCAGAGCCAGGAUGAAGAGCUGCUGGGCCGCGUCCAGAGUGCCAUCCUGCAGGUACAGGGCGACUGUGAGAAACUCAGCAUCACCACCGGCAGCCUCAUCGAGGACCAUCGGCGGAAGCAGAAGGACAUCGAAGUGUUGUACCAGGGUCUGGAGAAGCUGGAGAAGGAAAAGGCCAACAGGGAACACCUGGAGAUGGAGAUCAACGUGAAAGCCGACAAGAGUGCCCUGGCGGCCAAAGUGAGCCGUGUCCAGUUUGACGCCACCACGGAACAGCUGAACCGCAUGAUGCGGGAGCUGGUGGCCAAGAUGAGCGGGCAGGAGCAGGACUGGCAAGAGAUGCUGGACAAGCUCCUGGCGGAGAUGGACGGCAAGCUGGACCGCCUGGAGCUCGACCCAGUGAAGCAGUCACUGGAGGAUCGCUGGAAAUCCUUGCGACUGCAGCUCAAAGAGCGUUCUCCACUCUACCAGGCGGACGAGGCAGCCGCCAUGCGGAGGCAGCUCCUGGCACAUUUCCACUGCCUCUCAUGUGACCGUCCCCUGGAGACGCCUGUGACUGGAGAAGUCAUCCCCCUGACUCCUGUGGGCCCAGGCCUGCCCGGGCACCGGUCCACCCGCCCCUACACGGUCUUUGAACUGGAGCAGGUCCGGCAGCAGAGCCGCAACCUGAAGCUGGGCAGCGCUGCCUUCCCGCGGGGCAACCUGGGGCAGACGGAGCGGAGCGUGGGGCGCCUGCGCAGCAUGCACUCCAAGAUGCUGAUGGACAUUGAGAAGGUGCAGAUCCACUUCGGGGGCUCGGUCAAGGCCAGCAGCCAGAUGAUCCGCGAGCUGCUGCACGCCCAGUGCCUCAGCUGCCCCUGCUACAGACGGCUGCCAGAUGCGGCCGAUCACACCUACCCGAGGGCGCCCCGGCGCUGCGGGGGCAGCCACACCCUCACCUACCCCUACCGCCGCAACCGCCUGCAGCACCUGGCACAGGGCCUGUACCCCACCGAGGAGAUCCAGAUCGCCAGGAAGCAUGACGAGGUGGAUAUCCUGGGCCUGGACGGACAUAUUUACAAGGGACGGAUGGAUACAAGGCUGCCGGACAUCCUGAACAAAGACAAUUUGGGGAUAAAGCACAAGGCCAAGCAGUCCCAGCCCCAUGUGCACCGGCAGCGGUCGCUCAGCGACAGCACUCAGCUGCCCUCACGGCCCCAGAGCGCUCAGAUGCUGGCUGGCAACAACUCAGGUCCUUCUCUUCAACGGAAAGACAGACCCGUCUCCACCGAGGGGCGCCUCUCCCAGCCCAAUACAGCUCACCUGCCCAGUGAGAUGGCAGACCUGCCAGCGGGGCUGGAGAUGCACAUGGACGUGCCUCCUGGGGAGGGGCUCGAGGAGCCCACCCGGGGGCCGCGGUCCACCACUUCUCACUGAGCAGAGCUAUAAAUAAAUGUUGAGGAGAAAGCUUGGGGCCAUGCAGCUUCUCUGGUCCUGGCUCAGGAAGGUGGAGUGAGAGGGAGGGGCCGCUGCAGGUCGGGUGGCACACCUCUUGCAGCCCGACCAUUAGGCCAUGGCCCCCAAACAGGUUGAGCUGUUCUCUGAGGGUGCCAGGGCUUCGAGAGGGCUGCGUGUUGCACCCAGGGCCAGGAAGAGGCAGCACAGGCCAGACCCCAGGCUCCGGGGACCGGCGGGCCUGCAAGCGGUCUGCCCUCUCCUGACCCCGGCUGGACCCAGUGCUGUGGCCUUCUCUGGCACCGGCACUGCCUUCCAUCUGGGGAGGCUGGCCAGGGCACUCUGGUGAGGUUGGGAUGCUUCAUGUCUGUGCUCGAGCUGUACCUUGUGUAUCUUGGAGCAAAGGUAAGGGUGGCAGCCCUCCUGCUGCUGGCAGGGAGGCUCCUGGCACAUCCUGGGGGGGAGCGGUGCCACCAGCACCUGGGAAGGUUCCUGUUUGCUGUCCUCUGUGGCUUACCCUUGAGUGGCUGCUGCAGACGCAGGAGGGGCGCAGACCCAGGGGCCGCCAGGGCUAGGUCGUGUCCCUGUUCCCCUCCCCUCCCCAGGAAGAUAGAGCAGAAGUGUGCCUGGCAUUUGCCAAGGGGUCUUGAGGCCUGGCCCUUGUCCUGCUCCAGUGUCACCCCAAACAGGCAAGAGGGCUCACUGCUGUCCCCCAAGUCAACUGUAAGGGACAAGCCCGUCCCCAAUCAAAGCCCCAGGGACAAGGGAGACCUGCCCCGCACCCGGACGGAGGCCUCUGCAGUCAUGGAAGCAGUUUUCUGCCUUCAGAUCUGUUCUCAGCAGCUCC